AGAAAUCCUGUAGCAGUUCAUUUGCAUCCACAUUCGCUUGAAAGUGAGCAGUUGGUUAAAAUCAACACUGUAACCAAGAAAAUGCAGAACCACACCAGAAGAAGGCUUUCAGAAGUUUCAGAGAGUUCUAUUUUGUGAUGUGGAAACUCACCCACCGGACCAGACGCUGACAGCUUAAUUAGAGUGCUGCCUGUCGCGCGUUGAGCCUGAAAGCAGCCGGACGGAGCCAUCGAGGACGAGCAACGGGACUCCUGACCCUCCACUCCCAGAAACCACCGGCCUCCUCACCGCUUCUCUCAGUUUCAGGUUUCAUUGCUGAUUCAGGGCUCCAUCAUGGCCGCCACUCCGAUCUCCCCAGAGGAACUGGAGGAACUUAAAGACGCCUUCGCAAAAAUUGACGUGGACAACAACGGCUUCAUCAGCAAAGACGAGCUCAACGAGCUCUUCAAGGCCGCCAACCUGGCUCUGCCCGGAUACAGAAUCCGAGAGAUCGUCCAGGAGCUGACCAAGAGCAGCAACCAGCUCACCUUCGACCAGUUCACCCAGAUCGUCCACGGGCUGAAGAGCUCCGAGGUGGCCAAGACUUUCAGGAAAGCCAUCAAUAAGAAGGAGGGGAUCUGUAACGUGGCGGGAACCUCCGAGCAGUCCGGCACCCAGCACUCCUACUCGGAGGAGGAGAAGGUGGCCUUCGUGAACUGGAUCAAUAAGGCUCUGGAAAAGGAUGCAGACUGCAAACACGUCCUCCCCAUGGAUCCCAACAGCAACGACCUUUUCACCGCCAUGGGAGACGGGAUCGUCCUCUGUAAAAUGAUCAACCUGUCUGUUCCGGACACCAUCGACGAGAGGACCAUCAACAAGAAAAAGCUCACGCCCUUCACCAUCCAGGAGAACCUGAACCUGGCCCUGAACUCGGCGUCGGCAAUCGGCUGCCACGUGGUGAACAUCGGGGCGGAGGACCUGAAGGAGGGCCGGCAGCACCUGGUGCUGGGGCUGCUGUGGCAGGUCAUCAAGAUCGGGCUGUUCGCCGACAUCGAGCUGAGCAAGAACGAAGCGCUGAUCGCUCUGCUGCGUGACGGCGAGAGUCUGGAGGAUCUGAUGAAGCUCUCCCCCGAGGAGCUGCUCCUGCGCUGGGCCAACCACCACCUGGAGGAGGCCGGCUGCGGCAAGAUCAACAACUUCAGCUCCGACAUCAAGGACUCCAAGGCGUACUACAGCAUCCUGAACCAGGUGGCGCCCAAAGGAGACGAGGAGGGGAUUCCCGCCAUCGCCAUCGACAUGUCGGGACUCAGGGAGAAAGAGGACCUGAGGAGGGCCGAGUGCAUGCUGGACCAGGCCGACCGGCUCGGGUGCCGGCAGUUCGUCAUGCCGGCCGACGUCGUCCGCGGCAACCCCAAGCUCAACCUGGCCUUCGUGGCCAACCUGUUCAACAAGUACCCGGCCCUGAAGAAGCCCGAGAACCAGGACAUCGACUGGAGCUCCAUCGAGGGCGAGACCAGGGAGGAGCGGACCUUCAGGAACUGGAUGAACUCGCUGGGCGUCAACCCUCGGGUCAACCACCUCUACGCGGACAUCGACGACGCCCUGGUGAUCUUCCAGCUGUACGAGAAGAUCAAAGUGCCGGUGGACUGGGACAAGGUCAACAAGCCGCCAUACCCCAAGCUGGGCAGCAACAUGAAGAAGCUGGAGAACUGCAACUACGCCGUGGAGCUGGGCAAGAAGGAGGCCAAGUUCUCGCUGGUGGGCGUGGCGGGGCAGGACCUGAACGCGGGGAAUCGAACCCUCACCCUCGCCCUGCUCUGGCAGCUCAUGAGGAGGUACACGCUGAACAUCCUGGAGGAUCUGGGCGACGGACAGAAAGUCAUCGACGACACCAUCGUUUCCUGGGUCAACCAAACCCUCACAAACGCCGAAAAGGGCACCAUCUCCAGCUUUAAGGAUGUGUCCAUCAGCAGCAGCAUGCCGGUUCUGGACCUGAUCGACGCCAUCCAGCCCGGGUCCAUCCGCUACGACCUGGUGAAGGCGGAGGACCUGACGGAGGAGGAGAAACUCAACAACGCAAAAUACGCCAUCUCCAUGGCCAGGAAGAUCGGGGCGCGGGUGUACGCGCUCCCCGAGGACCUGGUGGAGGUCAAGCCCAAGAUGGUGAUGACGGUGUUCGCCUGCCUGAUGGCGCGCGGCAUGCAGAGGGCCUAACGGAGGCACCACCCGCUCCAAAAGCACUGUUACAGUCCCCCCAGCCCCUCUAAACCAGGAAGGCUUUAUCUCAGGAGUUUUACCUCUGGAAAGUUCUUUUUUUUUUUUUAAAGAGGCAAAAAUCCUUGUUACAUUUCUUUUUCUCUCAUUUUAAAGCAAAACAUAUUCCAAAACUUUUCUGGUGUCCAUAUUAAACAGUUAAUUUUGUUGUUGAAUCAGAGAAUAUAAAGAUAGUCCAGUAAUUCAGUUUAAUUCUAUCCAGAAAUACUUUUGGACUAAAACUCUUCCAGCAGCUGAGAAAUGACAGAUUUCUAUCUUCAUCUGAAAGUUCUUCCUCAGGUGGUCAAAUGAGUAAUGAAAGUAUUAUUUAUUUCUGAACGGUUCCCAGCAGGUCUCAGGCUUCUGAUUGGUCUCCCAUCACACUCCUCUCUUUCGUUGGCUGCUUCUCUUUAAAUGUGAAGCGGGUUCUGGUGUUUCUCCUCAUGCGUGUAUACGGACACAGUCCAACUCAAAGCCAGUUUUGUAUGAAGACGCUGGUGUUGUGUGUUUCUUUGUGCGUAUUAACGCUUCCGUGUUUGCAGACUCACCGCGAAAGUUUGUUGAGCUUCUCUGAGAUGUAAACGACGAAGAGGAGGUUCAG